AUGGAGGGUGCCGCUGCCCGCUCCUGGAGAGACAUCGCAAAUAUAUUAAUGUCUCCAUCUGAUAAGGGAUUGGCAUUGUCCUGGGAUCCAAGUGCUAGUGUGUCGGAUGAACCAUUAAGUUAUCAGAUUCCAAAAACAAUUGAUACUAAUCUCAAAAGACAACUUUCUGGAGCUACAAGAGAUGCAGCAGCUGAGAAGAAAAGACGGAUUGACAAGGCCUAUCGUGAACGAUGUAAGGUAGACGAAAAAUAUGUUAAUCAAAUGGUGAGAAGCAUCAAAGGUGCUGCUUUUGAAGCUGUGAAAAAAGAAGAGAAGUUGAACAGCAAGAUAAAAUUGGAUGCACUUACCAAAGAAAAUGAUCGUUUAAGGGUAGAGAAUGAUUGCUUAAGAGAUGAACAAUUUCACCUAAGACAAACUCUGCAACAUCAAAAAGAUGAGAUGAAGAAACUUGGAAAGGAAUUUGGCCUAUUAAAAGGCCAGCUUCGUAGUCAAACCACGGUUGUGAAAGUUCUUUCAAAACGACUGGCUGGCUCCAAUGAUAAAGAACUCCUGCUUGAAAAUGCACAGCUCAGACAUCAAAUUAAUGCAUUAGCGCAAAGAAUUAACAAUCCAGAAAACUUCGAAGUAUUUCAACUUCAAGCAAAAAUUGCACUAUUAGAAAAUGAAAAACACUCAUUGCAAGUUAUAGUCGAUGCUUUGUGUGAGAAGAUAAACAAUGACAACGACCAGGUUGGACUGCUCGAACUAGCAUGA